AUGGGCACGCAACAGGAGGGAUACUUCGAAUCGCCCGAGAGAAUGCACUCACCAGAUGUGAAACGCAACAAGAGUGACACCUCGGACAAAGCCAGUGGAAUCUCGACACCGAGCCUUUACGAUGAAGCUCUCCCAGAGUCACAGCCAGUCCCAGAUUCAUCCGAAACACCUCCUGACGGCGGCGCCCAAGCAUGGCUCCAAGUACUAUCUGGAUUCCUGCUGUACUUCAACUCAUGGGGGAUGGUGACUGCUUUUGGAGUGUUCCAGAUCUUCUACAGCAGCACUUUCAUCCCAGCCUCGAGUAACAGCAACAUUUCCUGGAUAGGCACGAUGCAAGGCUUCUUGCUUGCCUUCGGGUCCAUCUUCGCCGGAUGCGUGCUUGAUCGUGGACAUCCAAGGCGACUCAUCAUCUGUGGAGGAUUCUUCGUGGUCUUUGGCUUGAUGAUGACUUCCCUGUGCAGGACAUACUGGCAGCUCAUGCUAGCACAAGGGAUUUGUAUCGGCAUUGGUGCUGGUCAGCUAUUCAUUGUUGCUGUUGCGGUGCUGCCGGGAUGGUUUGCCAAGCGAAGAGCGAUUGCUACUGGUCUUGCAGCUACUGGAAGCAGUCUUGGAGGAGUAGUGUAUCCUAUUGUCUUUCACGAGCUGGAACCGCGAAUCGGCUUCGGCUGGACUUUGCGAGUUUUGGGCUUCAUCGCGCUUGCAACAUGCCUGAUCUCUGUUGCCUGCUCGAAGCAGCGGACCUUACCACCUCCACGGCCGAAGGUUGUCGACUUCACCGGAUUUAGAGAGCCGCUUUUCGCCCGCUUCGCGCUGGUCUCAUUCGUGGGCGCGCUCUCGCUAUAUGUCCCGUUCUUUUACAUUGUCGAGUUCACAAAAAGCAGAGGCAACGUAUCAGACGAGCUGGUUUCCUACAUGCUUCCCAUCCUCUCCGCCAGCAGCAUCCUCGGUCGGACGCUGCCAGCACUCGCAGCGGACAAAUUUGGCUGUCUCAAGGUCCUGACCUUCACCACUGCGGUCUCUGCGAUACUGGCAUUCUGCUGGACUACCGUUCAUAGAGAAGCUUCCAUCGUUAUCUGGUCAAUUCUAUAUGGCGCCUUCUCGGGGGCCUUCGUCUCGCUGCAGACACCGACUGUGGCAGCCAUCACGCCUGAGAUGCGUCUCAUCGGCGGCCGGAUGGGCAUGAACAACUUCUGCUUCGCGCUCGGCGUACUGGUCGGUAACCCGAUCGCGGGAGCAAUUGGUGAGGAGUCAGAUCAUUGGCUUGGGGUCCAAGUGUUCUGUGGUGUCUCACUGGUGGUGAGUACGGUCUUGAUUGCCGUGACGUGGUACUUCAAGGAACGUGCUGGCACAAAGAAGUGA